CGCUGACAAGCUACCGGCUGUACCGAAACGACGAGUUGGUCAACCCGUUGAGCAAUUCCAUCACCGUGCAGCCGACGUUCACGGACUACUCGAUCAGCCAGCACGAGCUGACGGUGAGUUUCUCCGUCGCGAAAGUCGGAAGAGCGUGGAUCAAUGUGCUGCUCCCGGAGGACGUGGCGAAGCAGCGGAUCGCGACGAUCAAGAAUGGAACGGACGCUUUGGGCUUGUCGACGUGCAAGAGGACCACGGGGGGGACCAUGGUCGUCGCAGUGGGGUCCAACACGAUCACGUUGACCAACUGCAACUUCCCGGUCGACCACACAACCCUCCCUCCCGGAAAAGUGUUCACGCUGCUCAUCUACGUGGAGGGGAGCAAGGGGCUAGACGACGACGGGGUGAUCUCGUCGCCGAUGAACUUCACGGUUCCCGCGCCGACGGCGAGUUUCAUCCAGAGCCCGAUUUUGUCGGAUAUCUCGAAGCACGCCGUGGUGGUGGAGUUCGAGGUGAGCUGCAGUGCAGGGUUGUACUGGCUGAACAUUGUGGUGAACACAAACCGCCCCUUGCUCACAGUCGAAAC